AUGAGUAGAGAGCCGGAGCCAGUAUCUACAGCAAACGAUGCAGUAGCUUCUGACAUAACCCAAACGAACUUGGAGUCAAAUCUAAACCAAUUGUCAGUGGAGGCAUUGAGGUUCGUCUGUCGUGGUCCGGAAGAGCCCAUAGAAGAUGUGGGUGUGUCUGGAAAAGA